AUGGAGGCCAGUGACAAGGACCUUGUCUCAAGAAAAGGAGCCUAUUUAUCUCUCCUUUAUUUGCGUCACUUGAGGAUUCGGGAACUGCAGAGAAUUUGCUUGGGAAUCCUCAACUACUUCAGAUCCAUCGAAAGAACACUAACAAUCAACACUUGCGGCCUUGCCUUGAAUGCUGGCCAUUUGGUUUCCUCUGCUGAAGACUCCUGUUGGGUAAAUGCAGCCAAGGGGGGCAUUGGUGCCUUCGGUGGACUUGAAUCACACUCCUAUGUGCAUUAUAUGCCAGCCGACUAUAAGGUUCACAGUGUACAGUUUAUGGAGUUUGCAGAGGUAGAAAAUCAUGAUGACUUUUACACAGUAGAAGACAUGUACAUUCACACACAGGAUCAGAGGGGGGCUUUUGUAAUCUAUGAUGUAGCCCUCCAAGACCUGAAAGAGCUAGAAGAACAGCUUUUGCUUGUGGCAACCCAGUACAUCGAAAGGGAAAGAGGCCAGAAAGCCAGCAAUAAUCCCAACAAUAAUUCAAGAUGGGCACAUGGGUCAGUGGAUCGUUCUGCAGUGCUGCUUGACCUUUGGACUUGUGAAACAGGAUUCUUGAAAAACAAACAGCAGCUCCUGGAUAGUUACUUUGAAGCAUACCAACAUGCUUUAGUUUGGGAAGAAAGAUUUGCUUUGGCCCAAGCAAUAACCGAUGUCAUGUCUAGACGCCCUCGAAUUGAUUUCCACCUUGGAUAUUUUGUGAACCUCUAUAAGGAUGAGUGUGCUUGCCUAAGGCUUCACACACAGCUGGCGAGGGAUAUAUUGAACCAGCAGAUAGAUACACAGCGUGAUUAUAACCACAAGAUUUGGCGUGAUGGACCCAAAGGUGGCAUCCAAGAAUUUGGUUUCCCCCCAUAUAUUGUUCCAAAACAAUUAAUUGCUGUUAAUAACAGCCCCACAGCUUUGAAGAACAUCUAUUUGUUAGAGUUUCACCCAUCUCUUGGCCUGAUAUCUUUAAUCCCAAAAGCUUUGGGUCAUAUCUUGCAAGAGUUCCAGCAAAUCUGUAGGCCAAAGACAGCCCAAGAGGCAAUUCAACUGGAGAAGCAAGUGCUUCAUCUUGCUCUGGAUACAUGGCUGACCCUGGAAAGUCCUGGGUCUUUCUACGGCUCUCAAACACAGAAGGAGUUAUUUACAGAGGUUUUGGUUGAAGAUCCGUCUCUUGUAAGGGAGAUUGCUGUUUCGGCACUGAAGUCAGUAGCAAAGGAGGAACAGAAUAAAGGGAAUAAAGAAAAACAAACGUUAAUUCUGAACAUCUUCUCAAGGCUUCUUGAACUUCUAGUCCUUCGCCAUCGAUUGAUAGAGGCAGCAAUGGAGAGUGCACAGAUGGGCAGACUGUACAAGGAAUUUGCAGGAGAAAUGGGUUUUGACGAGUUCCACCUGUACUUAAGGCCGGUGUAUUUUGAAUUUGCAACGCACAAAGAAAAAACAGACCAGCCUGCGCCAACAUUUAUUACUUCUCUUGAACGCCAGGACAGUAGUGUUGAUAGAUAUAUUCCAUCCACAUUAAUGUUAAGCAUCCAGGACAUUGACAAUCAAAUUGGCAAAUUUAGUUUUCGUACAAGAGAAAGCAUUCUUCAGAUCUUACUGAAUCCUUAUGGAAUGGAAAAUUUGCAGAUUGCUCUUGCUUGCCAAACAAGUCAUAAAAACUUACUCCUUGUGGCUAUUCAACAGGCUACGUUUUGCCCCAUGGUGCAACCCACACGAAGCAAGGGCAUAAAGGAACCCUGA